CUGCGUUUAGCGCCAGUUUAGAUUUUCUCCCUUGCCCUGAAUCCAAGUUUAUGUCGUUUACGAGACACUCUAAACGUAAUAUAUAUGCUUUUAACCAGCAGAAUCAGUUACAAGCCAGGCGUAGUCUUAAUUAUCAUACAUUUGAAAUAUAUGUAUAGGUUAUUGUGGUUGAGAAGUUUUAUUAGUUUAAUUGAAGCUAUUAGAGGACACAAAGCUAACACUGGAAUCCAAGAGAAUUCAAUGACCUUCCUUUUUUAGACAGCCCAAAUCAUCUGAAAUCAGUACUAUUGUUGGCACUUUUAAAAUGGACAGUGAAGAUGAUCUGGACAUUUUGACUGCGCUGUUGGCUGAGAACGAAGGCAUCGGAGAAGAGCAGGACAGUCAAGAGCAGGCAGAGGACCUGGAUGGCCUGUUUGAUGAUGACAAUGAUGAGGAAGAAGAGUACAAAGAGGGUGUUGAAGAGGAAGGAGGAGAUGAUCUGGCAGAACUCUUUGGAAAUGUGGAUGACAUUAAAAAUGAAGAGGAUGGUAGUGUAGAAAAAGUAAAUGGAGGAGAACCUGGUGAGAACCAUAACAAGUCCAAAGAGGAUUUACAAGAGGAACUGAGACGCAUGCAGGAACAGAUGCAGCGGUUGCAAAAGCAACUGGAGACGAGCCAGGCGGUGUCCACGUCAUCCUCCUCUACAGUUACAACAGCAAGAAAAGCAUCUGGUUCCAAACCAGCAACCCCUAAAUCAACACCCAAACAACGACUGAUCUCCAACCUGACGAAACCUUGUGCUACCAAACAACAAACCAUAACACAAGUAGCAGCGUCUGCAUCCAUUCCAGUUCGAGGUGGAGCUGUGAAGCUCCAAGAGUCAUCUGAUUUUGAUAAUCAGCUCAACAGUGCUGAGUCCUUUAAACGCAAACCUAGAAUAGCCCACCAGCCAAAGCCUAGCACAUCACCAGAGGAUAGAGGACCCCUGUUGGAGAUAAAAAUUGGCAGCUCCUUUCAGCCAGUAGAAAGCUCCAGCAAGGUUUCCAACCCUGUGCUGACACCUUCGCCUCAGAACAUACCAGAGCCAGCUGUGGCAUCUGGACAGCCUAAAACCUAUUCUCUUCCUCCUCUCCCUAAAGACCUGGCUGUUGAGAGAUACUCAGGACUGCGGCUUAGAAAACCAAGAGUUUCCUCCAACGAGAUGGACCACAAGAUGGCCAACCGCCGCCUAAUUCGUUUGUCACGGGUGCCGGAGAGUUUAGCUCGGGAGAAACUGGAAGACGCUGACUGGGUGACAUUUGCAGUGGUGGUUAACAAGAUCACACCACAAAGCAGCAGCAGUGGCAAAACAUUCAGUAUCUGGAAACUGAACGACCUCCACAACCUGGAAGUGUUUGUGUCCUUGCUACUUUUUGGUGAAGUCCACAAAGAGCACUGGAAGACAGAAACUGGCACUGUUAUUGGUCUCCUCAACCCAAACCCAAUGAAGCAGAAAGAUGGAUAUGAUGGGGUAAGCCUGACAGUGGAUAACCCACAGAAGGUGCUGUUGAUGGGUGAGGCUCAAGACUACGGCACCUGCAAGGCCAUGAAGAAGAAUGGAGACCCCUGUUCUCAGAUUGUUAAUAUGUACGAGUGCCAGUACUGUCAGUAUCACGUCAAAGCCCAGUAUAAGAAGAUGAGCUCCAGGAGGGCCGAGCUGCAGUCAUCAUUUUCUGGUAAAGCCCCCAACAAAGUGAAAGGGAAGGCUGGCGGCCUGAGAGAGCGUCUGUGCCAGGACGGUUUCUACUAUGGUGGCGUGUCCUCAGCUGCCUGUGCUGCCUCCCUAACGGCUUCCAAACCAAACAAGCCUGUCCAGAAAUCUCUGGACAACCUGUUUGUGAGAGGCUCAGCUCAGCUUGCCAACCAGGCCAAGAAGCUCGCUCUGCAGUCUGGUGAAGUCUCAGGUUGUUCAAAUGAAUUUAAGAGCCUUAUGUCGUGUCCAACACCUGGAGCUCUGCAGCUAAAGAAGCACUUAUCACACGACAGCCUAUCAGCCUCAAAAGCUGCAGCUGAAGCUCCAGUUCAGUCCAUCUCAGCCUCAGAUCUACUGAAGCAGCAGAAACAGAAGCAGCGGGAACUUCUAGAGAGCCGUCGUAGGAGAGCAGAUGAGAUUCAAAAGAGGGUGCUACAAAAUUCUGCUGCACCCAGUUCUUCAGGGUCAGUACCAUCCUCACUGGAUCGGAACAGUGUGAGGUCUCCAAAGGCUUGUUCUAAGGUCGCCAAAACCACCCAGAGUCCACGAGCAGCCCACACACCAACCCUGGCCCGAGGCUUCUCUGAGGGAGAAGAUAUUCUGUUUUUUGAUAACAGCCCUCCUCCAGCUCUUCCUCCAAGUGCACUCAGCCUGUCAGCUGCCAAGCUGGCUGCUCUGAGAAAGCUGAGAGCCAAAGGAGUAGGACUGGAAAAGGAGGAUCCCAACGCUGUAAAGAGAAAGAGGAACAACAGCAGUGACAUCAAUGCUCGGGUGGAGAAGAAUCGAACCUCGCCAAAUGGUGAAUCUUCCAGUAAUGAGGAGGAGGAACCAGCCCAGAAGAAGAAAAGAGAUCAACUCGAAUAUAUUCAGUCUGAGGAGUUUCAGAAGAUCCUGAAUGCAAAAUCACGUCACAAUGUUGUACUACAGGCGGGGGAGUACCAGUUGCAGGAACGCUACUUUGAUGCUCUGGUGAAGAAAGAGCAGAUGGAAGAAAAGAUGAAAGACAUCAGAGAGAUGAAAUGUCGAGCCGUCACCUGCAGAAAGUGCCGCUACACCUACUUCAAGCCGGCAGAUCGCUGCGUGGAGGAGAAUCACGAUCUGCGAUGGCAUGAUGCCACAAAGCGUUUCUUCAAAUGUCCCUGUGGACAGAGAGCCAUUGCUCUGGACAGACUGCCACACAAACACUGCAGUAACUGUGGCCUGUUUAAAUGGGAGCGUGAUGGGAUGUUUAAGGAGAAAACGGGACCAAAGAUCGGAGGAGAACUUCUCCAGCCUCGAGGAGAGGAGCACGCCAAGUUCCUCAACAGCAUGAAGUGACAGCAUCUUCAUCUGCAUCACUGCCGCAAACCUAGAUGUUCAGGGAGCAACAUGUAUUUAGCUUUUUAUGUUUGUAAGUGUCUCAUUUAAUUGUAGCAUUUUAACACUGAAUUGUGCUCCGUGGGGAGUUUGAUGUUGCUUUGUUGAUCAUGGAGGUUUAAACUUGGGGGGACAUUUUGAUAGAAAUCGUGUAAUUAAAGUAAUAUUUGCUACAUUUCA